AUCGAAUAAGACGCAUCUGUACAAUUGUUAUAAAAAUCGUGUUACUACCAAACAUGUCUCACCUCAGCUAGCCACACCCUCUGUAACCCCUCACGGCAGCCUCGGAAAGUCCAAGCUCCAGAGCUAUACUAAGUCCAUCCGGGUUAACGUCAACACCCCGACAAACGACGACGACGAAGAGCUGGCUACCAACCGCCGCCCAACAUACAUACUUAGGAGGGCCCCUUACAUCUUUACACAAUCCCAUUCUAUCUGGCCAAGAAUCCAAACUCACCGUCUAUGAAUCGCCCCACCAAAGCCUAGAGCCGCGCCAACCCGUCGCCAAAAGCCGCGACCAUGGCGCACAUUCUGCGCCAGCUGAGCUCCAGCCCGAUGUCUGUGAUGCUCAUUACAGCGAUCAUCUACCUCUCAAUCGCGAUACCCCUCCUCGUCAUCCACGAAGUCGUCCCCCCCGCGCCAUCAGACGACGCACUACCCAGCGGCCUCAACAUCAGCGAGGCGUGGCUGGACCUGGCGGAGUUGACGAAGGCGUAUCAUCCGUAUGCGAGUCGAAGGAAUGAUGAGGUGCACGAUUGGUUGUUGAGGAGGGUGGAGGGGAUAUUGGGGAGUAACGGGGUGAGCUGGUCUAGUGAGAAUGGGCAUAUUCCGAUUUCGCCGCAGGAUAUUGGACAGGUUGAUGGAGGGGAACAGGAGGCUGGCAAGGUCGGAGAGGCGCCGUUUCCUGGGUUUAUUGGGGUUGAGACGAAUGGGGAGAUAAAGGAGGAGGAUGAGCUUAGGAAGCGAGAUGCCUCGCCCCUGGUUACGAUCUUCAAUGACUUGCAGUCUAAUGUCACAUGCUCUGGACUUGGAGCAAUUGGGGCAGAUGGCAAAGGCCGACUGCCAGGACAGACUGUCUACUUUGAAGGUACAAACAUCAUUGUCUACAUUCGCGGCACAGAAGAUGAAGAAGGCGAAUGGUGGAAGUCAAGCUUACACGUGAGGAACACCCACGGCCAGGGAGGCAUCCUCAUCAACGCCCAUUACGACAGUGUCUCGACUGGUUUCGGCGCAACUGAUGAUGGUGUCGGAGUUGUUACUGUUCUCCAGCUGAUCCGCUACUUUACCUCGACUGGAAGACAACCAAAGAAGGGGAUUGUGGCGCUCCUCAACAAUGGCGAGGAGGAUUUCCUCAAUGGCGCUAGAGCGUAUACCCAGCACCCGAUGUCUCUCUUCACUCACACGUUUUUGAAUCUCGAGGGCGCCGGUGCUGGUGGUCGUGCGGUUCUGUUCCGUAGCACGGAUACUGAGGUUACAAGGGCGUAUGCUAAGAGCUCGCAUCCGUUUGGGAGUGUUGUUGGCGGCGAUGGGUUUAAGCAAGGGAUGAUCCGCAGUCAAACUGAUUAUGUUGUUUUCGAAGAUAUCCUAGGUCUCCGAGGACUUGAUGUGUCGUUCUGGACUCCACGCGCUCGUUACCACACAAACCAGGAUAAUGCCAGGCAUACCAGCCGCGACAGCAUUUGGCACAUGUUGUCAACUUCUGUUAGCACUGUCGAGGCGUUGUCGUCUGAUACUAGUGGCACUUUCAACGGCCCCCGAGGUGACAAUGCUUGGGGUAAAGUCAAGAAUGGGAAGGGUAGUGAUGGAGUCUGGUUCGACUUAUUCGGCAAGGGAUUUGCGGUUUUUGGUCUACGCACUUUGUUCGCUUGGUCACUGACUUUCCUCAUUGCCUGCCCAUUGGCUAUCAUGCUGAUUAUUUACCUUCUUAUUAAAGAGGAUAAGUUUUACUUGUUUUCGUCCUCGGUCCCGUCUCGGGGUGGAAGCGGUGAGGCAGAUGUUCCUCUCAAUGGCUGGAGGGGUGCCUUCCGUUGGCCACUGACUUUUAUCCCAGCGACGGCGCUGACUGUUGGGUCUGGGAUGCUCAUUGUGAAGGUUAAUCCGUUGAUUAUCUACAGCAGCCAAUACUCAGUAUGGACCAUGGCUCUAACACUCAACUUCUGCGUCUUCUGGUUCAUAAUGCGCGGCGCCGAUUUCGUCCGCCCAUCCGCCUUACACCGCACAUACGCCUACUUCUGGAUGUUCAUCCUCGGUUGGAUCAUCCUCGUCGCCGUAACAGUCCUAGAAGACCGCUUCAAAAUCGCCUCGGGGUACUACUUCGUAUUCUACGAAAUCGCAAUCUUCUUCGCCCUCGCAAUCAGUCUCCUCGAAUUAUUCGCUCUACCCACAAAAACACAGUUCGCAGCGAACGUGCACGCUCAAGAUGAGGCUGUGGAGAGCAUCAGCGCGUUACCGGACUUUGAUGCCCUUAUUGCGCCCACAGGGGAUGAGAACGCAGGACCGGAAUCUGCCGAAGCACCAGCUGAUGAAGCCGAGGAGCAGGAGCCAACUGAAUCAACACCCCUCUUCGGCGGCGACGGCACAAGGAGAUCCCGCACCACCACAUUCGCCAACUACGCCCGCCGCUCAUUCCGUCGUGUCAGAGCCCACGACGGGUCUAGCGAUAGUAUCACUGGAGAGUCCGAACCCUACGGGCACGAACAAUCCUGGUCCGGCAAACUCCCCCGUUGGACAUGGACCAUCCAACUCCUCCUCCUCGCCCCCCUCACCCUCAUCCUCCUCGGCCAAAUCGGUCUCCUCGUCGUCACCGCCACUGGCCAAACCGGCCCCGACGGCUCCGCGCUCCUAGUUCCCUACAUUCUUCUCACCACCUUCUCCACACUCGUCCUCCUCCCUCUCACCCCUACCUUACACCGAUUCACGCACCACCUCCCCACCUUCCUCUUCCUCCUCUUCACAGGGACGUUAAUCUAUAAUUUAACUGCUUUCCCCUUCUCCUCAGAGAACAGGUAUAAAGCCUACUUCCAACAAACCAUCGACCUCGACACCGGCACCAACCUCGUCACCAUCUCCGGCCUCGAAACUUUCGUUAGGAAACUCAUUACUGACAUCCCAUCCGCGUCGGGGCAGCACAUAGAAUGCACCACUCGCCCCCUCCGCGCCGGCGUAAAAUUCUGCUCAUACACCGGUAUUCCCCCCAAGGUUGUCCCGGGGGUGGAGGGCGUGCCGCCGGAGAAAUCGUAUAAAGACUGGCUGUCUUACACCGCGACUCGGGAGCGCGGGACUAAUCGGGCGACUUUCCGAGUCUCGGGAGCUAACACACGAGCGUGCGCUAUUCGCUUUGCGCGCCCUGUUAAAGCUGUCAAGGUCACGGGGGCGGGGACGGAUGCGAGGUUCGAUGCGGUGCCGCAGGAGGUGGGGAGCGGGGAGGUGAAGUUGUGGAAGAGGGAGUGGGAGGGGGAAUGGGAGGUUGAGGUUGAGUGGGGGGCUAGUGAGGGGAGGAGGGUGGGGGAGGAGGGGAUGGAGGGUAGGGUUGUGUGUUUGUGGGCGGAUUUUAAUACGCCGGGGGUUAUACCGGCGCUGGAUGAGGUGGUGGCGUUUGUGCCGGGGUGGGUGGGGGUUAGUAAGAUGAGUGAUGGGUUGGUGGAGGGGAGUAAGGCGUUUAAUGUUUAG